CUCAACAACAACGAACAGAACCAAAAGGAUGACAGACGUACCAGAUAGAGAACUACAAGCACCCUUUCUUCCACCAGACAAGGUCUACUCUAUCCAGAUCGGAAGCGAAGUCUUCCGCAUAAGCGGUGCUGCGCUCUGCUCAGAUGCUCCAUCCUACUUUACGUGCUACUUUGAGAACAACGAGGACAAGACCCUCAUUCUCGAUCGCGAUCCGGAGGUCUUCCAGGACAUCGUGCGAUAUCUUCGCGGUUACUAUGUAACACCAAAGUCCGAAGAGCACUUCAUCUAUCUCUGUUCUGAUGCGAUGUACUACAAGCUCUCGCGACUGCAACAACGGCUCUUUCAGGAGUACCACAUCGAUGUAGGAGGUCGAUCUUUUCGCAUCGAGAAGGACAUCUUCAACGAAGUCCAGUAUCCAGCUGGCGAUGGAAACAACUUCUUCACGCUCGGGUUCGCCUCGCUUUUCAACCAUCCCAAUCCCCAGGCUUUGCUGAGCACGCAUGAAGAGAUGUAUGGUGAUCACCGUCCUCCAGAAGUACCACCUUCACGGUUACCGAGGUCGUCUGCCUUGUUUCAGGAUAUUCUGGCAUAUUUGCAGAAUUACGAGGUGGAAAUUCGCUCUGAAACGCACCGACAAAAUCUCAUGAAGGAUGCACGAUUCUACGGUUUACGUGCGUUGGUGGAGAAGAUUGCACCGGGACGGAAUGAAUUCAAUGGUUGGGAAGAGGGUGAAGCACCAAACAGCACGGAGGUCGAGGACGUCGUGCUACCGGUCGAAGGUGUUAAAGGACCGGGACUUUCGGUGGACGCGUCCAAAGGGCAAAUUUGGUAUAAGCGACCGUAUAUUGAUACGGAAGCUGCUGGAAGACAACUGAUCCUUCAGGUCAAGAACUUUGUUCUGAACGACUUGCAUUUCAGUGCAAGUUCAACAGAACCCAAGGUACUACGAUGUUCCGGUCAUAAAUACCUUGCGAAGAAGUUGAAACAUCUGCUCGGCCCUUUACAAAUACCAAAAGAGGACAGCUCCAUUGCAAUUGAAAUAGGUGACGAUGCCGCGGUCACUCUUGACGGUCACGAUCUUGAGCUCGAUGAUAUUGCGUUGCAAAACAAAGUCAGAGAUGAUGAAGAACCAGCAGCGAAACGGAUCAAAACGGAAGCGGCCAGUGGCACAACAUCGGGGCCGGUGAAGUUCAGAAGGUGGGUCGUCACAAAGGCCCUGCUGAGACCUUGCGUACGGGAAGAAAGCGGCAAGCAGAUGUUGUGGCUGUGUGUCGUCAAGAUGGAAGCGACGAGUAACCAGAAGGAGACGAACAAGGCCCGUGAAUGGAUUUGAUCUGACGUGAUACGGCCG